GCCAGUUUCCAAUUGACUUUACGAGAAGGAAUGUCGUGAAUUGUUUGGUCGCUGGAUGGAUAUAGUUGAAACUUUAUAAAAUUCAUAUAAAAAUAUUAGAAAAAAUUCAAUAUAUACAUAUUAUUAUUAUAAUUUUACUUAAAGUAAAUAAAACUAGAAAAUUCUUUACAAUACCUCGAUUGGAACCAAUUUUGAUGAACUAAGUGAAAAGUGGUUUUUUUUAAUUGAAUAAUACAAGUAAAGUAAAGCAGGUUGCUGAUAAUUUAUGCUUAAAUGGAUGCAACAUCAAUAAUAACGCAAGUUUCCCGAGAUGAUGAACAGCUAAAUGUUUAUCCAAGUGAAAAAGAUGACGUCGAACGACUAAAGCCACAAAAACGAGGUUUCUUUCAAUCGAUUUUAUGCUGUUGGCGUCGAAAUCGAAAUAAAACGAAUCAAAAUGGAACUCCAAUUGAUGGAUCAACAACACCGCCACCUAUACCGGACCAACAAAGGUACCUUCUACCUCAGGUUAGGCACUCAGAUAUGCACAAAAAAUGCAUGGUCAUCGAUUUGGAUGAAACACUAGUGCACAGUAGUUUUAAGCCAAUUCCAAAUGCCGAUUUUGUAGUUCCAGUAGAAAUUGAUGGAACUAUACAUCAAGUAUAUGUACUGAAGAGACCCUACGUUGAUCAGUUUCUACGAAAAAUGGGUGAGCUAUAUGAGUGUGUAUUAUUUACUGCAUCACUAGCCAAAUAUGCGGAUCCAGUCGCAGAUCUAUUAGAUAGAUGGAAUGUGUUUCGCGCAAGACUGUUUAGGGAAUCAUGCGUUUUUUACAGGGGAAAUUAUAUUAAAGACUUAAAUCGUCUUGGUCGUGAUUUGCAAAAAAUUGUGAUUGUUGAUAAUUCACCAGCCAGUUAUAUAUUUCAUCCAGACAAUGCGGUUCCUGUGAAAUCAUGGUUUGAUGAUGUUACAGAUACUGAACUUUUUGAUCUGAUACCACUUUUUGAAAAACUAAGCAAAGUCGAUUCUGUAUAUAGUGUAUUGUGCAAUUCGAAUCAUCCGUUAAAUAAUCAUCAACAGCAGCAGCAACAAUCACAGCAGCCAGACCAGACUAUAUCAGCAACAACGGUUAUCACACAAGCUACAACAUUAUCAACACCUACAAUUUUGACGACACCACAACAUCAUCAACAGCAACAGCAACCACAACCACAACAACAACUGCAGCAACAGCAACAACAUAAUCAACAAAUAAAUCAACAAGGUAGUCCGCCCAGUCAAAACGAUUUAAAUAAUAAAACGUAACAUCAGUGGGAAUUGAUGUUUAUUAAUAUUUAGUUUUAUUAAAAUAUUUUUAUUUAAUAUCAAUUUAAAUUAAACAUUAAUAUUAAUGUUAAGAAGAAAAAAAAAGAAUUAAGCAAACCU